CUCCUUCACUAACAAAUGGCUCCUCAUGGUGCUUUAGGAACUGCUCCAAGGCAUUCUUCCUCUGACAGUUUCAUUCAAGAACCUGGAAUGUGGAGGGCGGUGGCUAACGUCCUGCUGAGGACCAAAGUCCCCAGGGGCAGGACAUGCUGCCUGCCGCCGGCACACAAGAGCAGGACCCUGUUCCCUGGGUCCACUUGGCAUUGCGCGGCUCAGGGGCCCCACGCUGCCGGGCCGCUCAGCAUGAAUCCAGGGAUACUGAAGGUGGAAGCUUUGGAUGCGGGUCACUUGGUCCGUGUGGAGUGGGAGGAUGGGAGCGAGAGCCGGUACCCCUGUGUGUGGCUGAGGGACAACUGCCAGUGUCCCCACUGCUUCCUGCACUCAGCCAGGGCACGCAAGCUGCUCUUCGAGGACCUGGACGUGAACAUCGUGGUGAAGGAAGUCACUCUGGCAGAUAGGAAAAAGAUCUCUAUUACGUGGCCUGAUGAACAUGCAAGUGAAUAUGAAGCUGAGUGGUUGAAAAAACGAUGCUUCUCUGAAGAAGCCAGGGCAGAAAUGCGAGAAACUUUAUUUUUACCAGAGCAUCAGUACUGGGGCUCCGACCUGCAACUUCCCAAAAUGCCUUUUGAAGAAAUCAUAUACAAUGAUGAAAGUGCCUACAGGUGGCUGUGCACCUUAAAGAAAGUAGGAAUCGUGAUACUAACAGGAGCUGCUGCUAGACAGGGCGAGUUGAUUAAACUUGGCCACAGGAUUGGGUUUCUGCGUCUCACUUUUUAUGGACCAACUUGGCAAGUGCAAGACAAAGCAGCUGCUAACAAUGUAGCUUAUACAACUGGGAAACUAUGUUUUCACACUGAUUACCCUGUUCUGCAGCAUCCACCUGGGGUUCAGUUUCUCCACUGUAUAAAGCAAACAGCCACUGGAGGUGAAACUGAAGUUGUAGAUGGAUUUCAUGCAUGCAGUAAGCUGAAGCAACAAAAUCCUCAGGCAUAUCAGAUCCUGUCCUCUACUGCUGUAGAUUAUACAGAUGUUGGGAGGGACUACUGUGAUUUUGCUGUGCAAUGUAAACAAAGGAUUAUAGAUGUGGAUUCCAGAGGCCAAGCAGUUCGCAUCAAUUAUAAUAAUGCAACAAGAGACACAGUGUUUGACAUACCAGCUGAAAAAGUGAGGCCAUUUUAUGCAGCUCUAAAGGAAUUCAAUGAUUUAUUAAACAGUGCAGAGCUCAAGUUUACUCACAAGCUGAAACCAGGAGACAUACUGACAUUUGAUAACUGGCGUGUGCUUCAUGGUCGCCAAAGCUACCCAUCGGGUUCAGAAGUGACUCGUCACCUAGAAGGUGCCUAUGCAGACUGGGAUGUGGUCAUGUCAAGACUCCGGCUCCUAAGGAAAAGGGUACUGAAGAGGGACUGAGCUUUCUUCUAACUAGAAUAAGCAAAACGUAGAUUGUCUAACUUUAAUAAUGACAAAAAACAAUUAAAAAAAAACAAAAGUUUGUUUUCAGACGCUAACAACACAAGUGUAUUUUUAAAUUCCAUAAGAAACCUGUCAUUCAUAACAAUUUAAGAUUUUUCUAUGUCUCUGAAUCCAUAAAAUGCAUUGCUACCUCUGCCAGUUUAAUUGCUUUUUAAAAUCAGUGUACAAAAUGGUUUGAAAGAUUAUCACUUUACUGGACUGACUGAGUAUCCCCAUGCCUUCUGUGGCCUCUACAAAUAUACCUGCCCUCCCCAGGAAGCUUGGAAGGCAGCAUCAAAAAAGAGCUUAAAUUGUUAUCUAUUAAAGGUUUGUUAUCAACAGCACCUUCCUUUAUUUCAGAGAGGCAUUCUUUAUUGCAUAAAUCAUAACUAGAAUUCAUUAUCAAAAUUAACAACCUUUGCUGUGGAAUGAAUUCCAUAUACACACUUUUCUAGGUAGAACUCCACUUUAAUACAAGAUCUCAUUCAACAAAUGUUAUAUUCCGCAUAUCCUGCUGUGUAUGUGAUGACUAUCACAGCCACAAAUCAUUGCUCCUACAUUUCAAAGUCCACAAGCUCAGAAAUGAUUGAUCUACCAGAGAACGUGUCGUAUUAAUUUUCCUCUGCAUUAGGAAUACAAAUAAAUCUCAGUAUGGAGGUCACAGAUAGGGUCAGAAAUCCCAUCAGGCACUGUGCACAGACAUAAUUAAGAUCUGCAGGGCAGACAGACUUUGGAGUAAAUUCAAGAGGAGGAAUGCUGAUACUGCUUGGCAGCUAUAAACCACAGAGCACAAGAGGUGGUUAUUGACUCAGUACCUGACAGAGAAGUGGUGACUGAACUCAGACCCAUUUUUGUUACACCAAAAACAUGAGCAUGCCUCUGAUAGACUUGGUCUGCAGGAUGUUUUCCUUUUGGUUGUAUUUUGAAGAGAGAUGACGCUAUGUAAGAAUUGCUGCAGCUGAAGUAGUAGGUUUGUUUUUUGUUGAGUGUUUUUUUCAGUAUUCAGAUGCCAAAUUCAAAGAGAAAUUAUUAAACCUCACUUGUUUUUAUACAAAACAAUAUGUCCCUGACUUUAUUUGUCACUGUCUCUAUAGGUGUGAGUUAACAGGACAGCCUCUCACUGUGCUGAGAGCCUAAUAAGAUAACCACACCUCCACCCUCAAAACUGCUCUGUUCAACCAUUUUCAAACUCUUCCUUGAAAGUCAAAUAUAUACUAGUUUAUUCCUAGGAGGCUAAAACAAUAGGAUUGUAAAACCUCACAUAAGUGAUACCCUAACAUCAGCCUGCAAACACUUCCAUAGCUUCUACUCAUCAUUGACAGGCAACAGAUAUCCCAGCCGAAUAAACAAAUAAAACUGAAUAAGGCUUUGAUCAUGACCUAGCGUGGGGCAUUCAAAUCCAUUCCCCUUUAUAGUGAAAUGUUUUUAUCAAAGUUAUGGCAUUAAGACAUGGCAUAACAAUACUGGCUUUUAAUGGCAAUUUGUUUAAUAACUAAUUUUGGAAACAUGAGAAAAGUAUUUUUUGCCUUUGCUAUAAAACGGGGAAAAGAUGAGGAAAGGUUAACGCCUAUAUUCUGUAAGACACCAGCACUACGGUGUUUCACUGUGAUAUUUUCCAUACAACAAUAGAAGGAAGACUGCAGUUUGUAACUUCAAAACAAGACAUCUUGGGCUUUAUACUGGUGGUUAGGAGGGAAGAGAUAUUUUCUGCUUUUAUUCUGUACUUUUCUAAAAACUGUUUUAUUCACAUUUAUUGACAUUUUUGCUUAUUAAAAACUACUGUGGAACUGA